CCGUUGGUGGCAUACAUUUCGGAGGUGAUACCAUGCACCGUCCUCAUUCACUUUCUCAUCUUCUCAGGGAAAGGACCAGGUCGCAACCAAGUUCCAACUUCCAACCAAGACCGCAAUGGUCUAGAUCGUAAAAAGGAUAAAAUCCUUUAAGGGUACGCGUAUAAUUCAUUAUUUAUAUAAUCCAAGGUAUAUGGCAGUUCUUUGAAUGAAAAGAAAUUAUAAUAAGACUUACGAUUGGCAGUAAGUUGUGUUGUACUGUAAGAAAAGGCAACCGACAUCGGCUGACUUUCGUUGUUUACAAUCGUCAUCCAAGAUUCCCAGCUGAUCACUGAGGAUUGAGGAACUGAACUACGUAUGAUCACCGUCAGUGCCUACAGUGUUCUAGUUAAUACCAGUGUCUCCGUUGAUAUUGCGCGAUGCUUAGACCUUUGUGACGUCGUUAGAAUUAACGGGAAAAAUGGAACCUGACAGUGAUAAGUUCUGGUAUGUGUACAGCUCGGACCUCGAUGUUGAUAUUCAAAUCAAGAUUGGUACUUUAGAUGGGAAACGAGAGAAACCCAAUUAUAAGUCCCUCCUCGAGGAUCCGAUGCUGAAGUACUCUGGCCUUUAUCAACCGGGAUGUUCUGAUUUGUAUGUGUCUUGCCAAGUCUACUCCGAUGGCCGUGAAUUAACACUGCCAGUGCGUACUUCCUACAAGUCUUUUUCAGCUCGAUGGAACUGGAAUGAAUGGUUAACUCUACCUCUAAGAUUUAGUGAUCUGCCAAGGAACGCGGUGUUGGCUUUAACAAUAUAUGAUACUUACGGCCCCCGCCGAAAUGAGCCAAUUGGUGGCACCACAAUAUCGUUCUUUGGAAAGCAUGGAGUAUUUCGGCAGGGCCUACAUGAUCUACGUGUGUGGCCUGGCCAAGUGGCUCACCCAAUUCACACUCCAGGCAAGGGACAAGAUCACGGUAAAGAUCAAAUGCAGAGACUUGCAAAGCUUGCAAAAAAGCAUCGGAAUGGACACAUCAUGAAAGUUGAUUGGUUAGAUCGCCUAACAUUUCGGGAAAUUGAACUCAUUAAUGAACAAGAAAAAAGAUCUUCAAAUUCAAUGUAUUUAAUGGUCGAGUUUCCAAGGGUUGAGCAUGAGGGAGUUAUAUAUUCAAUUGUAUGGUGGGAAAGUGGUGGGAAUAUGGUGUAUGACCAUCGCACAAGUGGGAAUAUUGUUAGAAUGCCUGACCCAGAAAUUCCAUUAGAAAAUCUCCAAGAAGCAAAGCACCACAAACUUGCAAGAUCAAAUCGUUCUGGUGUAACAGAUCGAGACUUGAAGCCCAACUCAGCAAUUAGAGAUAUCUUGAAUACUAUCAUGUCUUAUCCCCCAAUAAAACAAUUAUCAAAUGAUGACCAAGACACAGUCUGGAAAUAUCGUUUUUACUUGAGCUCUCAGAAGAAAGCCCUAACAAAAUUUUUAAAGUGUGUCAACUGGAAACUACCAGGAGAGACAAAGCAAGCAAUUGAACUUCUUAGUCGUUGGGCUCCGCCUGAUGCUGAUGAUGCUCUUGAACUUUUAGGACCUGGCUUUACCCACCCUGAUGUUCGCCGUUAUGCUGUCGAACGCCUCAGUCUUGCAGCUGACGAGGAUCUCUUGCUGUAUCUACUUCAGCUUGUUCAGGCUUUAAAAUAUGAGGCUCUAGAAGGAGUCAACAUGAGCUUAUGUGAUGUUUCUCAUUAUUCAUCUGCUAGUGACACUAGUGCAGAUACUUGUGGUACCGGGGGUACAUCAUCAGAAGCCCCUGCACAAGAGAUGAUUGAUUCUCCAGAACCUGCUGGAGGAGAAUUGACACAGUCAAUAUCCUCUUCUUCAUUGGAAGAGAGUGAGGCAGCAACUAUUCAACGUUCACCAACAUCAUCAUUUAACGCUGAGGUAGAGACCUCAGGUCAGUUUGUAUCAGAGCCCAUGUGUGAGUUACUGCCUGAAUUAGCAGAAGAAACUGAUACAAAUCUUGAUCUGGCAUCUUUUCUGAUACAUCGUGCUACAAAGAAUCCAACCUUAGCUAAUUACUUGUAUUGGUAUUUACUGGUGGAAUGUGAAGAACAUGAACCUGGCCUUAAACAUGAUACAAAGGUUCGUGAAAUGUAUCUCUGGGUCUUGAGAAGGUUCAAGUUAGCUCUUCAACAAGGGUGCCGAGAAGCUAGAGCAUCUCGCCAGUCAUUAAUGAGGCAGCAUCACUUCAUGGAUCAGUUGGUUGCAUUAGUCAAGUGUGUAGCCAAGGAGAGCAGUAAUCGCAUGAGACGGAUAGAAAAACUCCAAUGUUUACUGGCGGAUCCUGAGGCAUUUAAGACUAAUUUUGCCAACUUUGAACCUCUCGCAUUACCACUGGAUCCCGAGGUGAUCGUAACAGGGAUAAUACCAGACCGGGCAUCUCUGUUCAAAUCUGCCCUUGAACCCUGUCGUUUAACUUUCAAAACUGUAACAAACGAAGAAUAUGUUGCAAUUUUUAAGCAUGGAGACGAUUUGCGUCAGGAUCAACUCAUUAUUCAAAUGAUAACACUAAUGGACAAAGUUCUGCGCAGAGAAAACCUAGAUCUUAAACUUACACCAUACAAGGUGUUGGCAACAAGCAGUAAGCAUGGAUUUGUACAGUUUGUUGAAUCGACUGCUGUUGCUGAGGUGUUGAGAGCAGAGGGAAGUAUUCUUCAGUUUUUCCGAAAACACUCUCCUUCAGAAAAUGGGCCUUGUGGUAUUGCUCCUGAAGUUAUGGAUACUUACAUUAAAUCCUGUGCUGGUUACUGUGUUAUAACAUAUCUUCUUGGUAUUGGUGAUAGACAUUUAGAUAAUCUUCUUUUAACAAAAAGAGGGAAUCUCUUCCAUAUUGACUUUGGUUAUAUUUUGGGAAGAGAUCCUAAGCCGCUUCCUCCACCCAUGAAACUGAGUAAAGAGAUGGUUGAGGGAAUGGGAGGAGCCCAGUCAGAACAUUACCAUGAAUUUCGUAAGCUUUGUUACACUUCGUUCCAUCAGCUUCGUCGUCAUGCAAACUUAAUACUCAAUUUGUUUUCAUUGAUGGUUGAUGCCAAUGUGCCAGAUAUUGCUCUUGAGCCUGAUAAGACUGUGAAAAAAGUAGAGGAUAAAUUCCGUUUAGAUUUGAGUGAUGAAGAAGCAGUGAGCUACAUGCAGGGACUAAUUGAUGACUCUGUAAAUGCAGUAGUAGCUGCCAUGGUAGAACAGUUGCACAAAAUUGCUCAGUACAUACGUAAAUAGGACCAAAGAUUAUUGCUAGUCCUAAUAAUUGAUAGUAACGCUUACUGUCAAUGAAUAAUUACAAGUACUACUAAGUGAUAUCUGUCCAUUAUGUGGCUGAUGUAAACUUUUGAUACUGUACCAUAUAUUGUGAUGUAAGAAUAGAUACUUUUUAAAUGAGACCUGGUUGACAAUUUAUGUAUUGUAUAAACUGUGAUUAUUAAUGCUUGAUAUUUAUACUAACUAUUUGAAGAUCACAAUAUGCCAUCCUUACUUUUGCUAAGGUUGCUAUUCAUUAUUUGUUUGUUGAAUUUCAAGUGAUUCAGUGACUUAUUUGCUCCUAUCAUUAUUUUUAAUAUAUUAAUAUGAAAGCUGAA